AUGGCCGAGACUUUCCCGUCACCAGCGCUGCACACGAAGAAGGACCGGAAGGAUAUUAACGGGGUCCCGACAGAUAUCGCCGUAUCUAUCUUCGCUGACCGCGUGUUCAUUGCCGUGACGCAGUUAGGCACCUUUGGCACAUUGGUGGAAGCGUACCAGAAAGACUCGAUUAGUGGCAAGUUUCAGCCGGAUAUCCACAUUCGUCUUGGGCGACGCGACGACCCGCUCCUGUUAGUAUACGCUCGGCAGUUUCUAGAGCACUUCGGCAUUCCCGUUGGCCUGCCUAUCCUGGCGGCAAUUGGAUUAAAGGACCGCUCGUCAGGCACGUUUGAGGCUGUAAUGCAGAGCGUGAAGGAGCUCUUUGGUCAGGCCCAGACCCACCAGUAGCGCUUUAGAUCCCACGAAGUGUGAAUGGCAUACAACAGUAUUAGAUCCCCGCGAAGUGUGAUCCAAGGGUUCUUA